GAGUCUCAAGAGGUUGUGGCCCCAAUGCCUCCAAGCAGGCGAAGGCUUCUGGAUCCUGGAGCAGCUAGAGACGGUCACCCUGGAAAAGCUCCUUGAGCGGGAUGCUGAUCUUUGCAACUGCUUCCUUUGGGCCAGGAGCGACAUGAAGAGCCAGAAGAUAUCGUACUGGUCCUUCGAAGGGGAAGUUGAGAUUUACACAAGUAUGCCAACCACGGAGCCACAGAAAUCGGAUUCUGGCACCGCGGAGCCACAGAAACCGGAUUCUGACUCGGAGCCGGAGUCCAAGCCUCGGCUCAUAGUCCGGAGCCUGUCAGAGAGUUUCCGGGCCAUGAAUGGAAACGAAAGCUUGGAGUUGACCAGGCGCAGGCUUGCGCUUCCACGGACGAUGUCUCAAAAGCUGCCCGAGCUUUUCGCUGGCGGUUUGAAGGUAGUAGGGGAGGAGUCGCCAGCUCUCAUGGCCAUGGGCCUUAGUGGCUGGGAGGUUUCCAAGACCUCUGAGAAAUCACCGGCAGAUGGCCGCUGGUUGCCCUUCUGCUUUCAUCGUCCGAAGCCAAAAGUUCCUCUGGCGAUCUUCCGUCUGAGUGGCAGCUUUGACCUCCCCGGAGGGGACGGCGGAGGAGAGGUUUGCCUUGGUUACGUUAGCACGGACCUGGACUUCGUGGUGUCCAUGCGAGAGUUCCUCGAAUAUCCCUGCUUCAGGCACCUAGCUUCCAAAGGUCUCACAAAAUGGGAGGAAGUGCCAGGCCUGCUGCACACUUACACUUGCCGCGGGGCGCCGGGAGAUCUCAGCCGUGAAGGCACGAAGAUGAAGGAGAUCCUGGAGAAGAUAACAACGCCUGACGGCUGGGAGGUUGAGAGAACCACGAUGUACAUAGAUGAGAAUCGGUGCGUCAUGGGCUCCCCAUUCCUCAAGGCCGUCUACCAGGAUGCGGAGCAAUUGCUUGAGUCUUGCGCGAGAGAUUCUAGUUAA